AACGGAAACCUGCCAACCUGCCUGCUUGUCAGGGAAGGUUCAACUUGUACUACUCUGAGGCAGCGAAAAUAUUUCCAGGCUGGGAAACGAUACUUUAACACGAAAACGGAAACUCCAUCGGUUGAAGGGGAAAGAACAGAAAAGGAGGAGACUCUGUAACACUGGAGCGACCAUGGUGGGAGAACGCCGUAACGGCAACCUGCUGGUGCAGCUGGGCCCCAAGCUGCAGGCCUACCCGGAGGAGCUGAUCCGGCAGCGCCGCACGCACGACGGCCAGACGGAGUACCUGAUUCGCUGGAGCCUGCUGGCGGUGGAUGAAGGGGGCGGGUCCGGGGGCGGGUCCAGCGAGGCGAGCGGCGGAGGGGGCGUGGGCUCGGGCAGCGGCGGCUCCUCCUCCAGCGACAACAAGACGGAGAACAUCCUGAUGUGGAUGUCCACGGAGGACGUCUACGCCAACUGCCCCACGCUGCUGGGCAAGCGCAAGACGGACGUGCAGCGGCCGCUGAAGGAGGAGCGGCCCAGCAGCGAGUUCCCGUCCGACGUCACCUUCGACGAGGUGGAGCUCUCCGACAUGAAGGACGACGUGAAGAACCUGGUGCGGCGCGCGCGCAAGCAGAUGGCCAAGCAGAGCGACUUCGCCAUCAGCAUCACGCACACCAUCCACGUGCUGAGCGCCUACGCCAGCAUCGGCUCGCUGGUGGGCGUCUUCAAGGAGACGGGCGCCCUGGACCUGCUCAUGGAGCUGCUCUGCAACAAGGAGCGGCAGACCCGCCGCAGCGCCGGGAAGAUGCUCCGCGCCCUGGCCUCUCACGACGCAGGGAGUCGGGCCUACGUGCUGCUGUCGCUCAGCCAGCAGGACGGCAUCGAGCAGCACAUGGACUUCGACAAUCGCUACACCCUGCUGGAGCUGUUCGCCGAAACCACGUCGUCCGAGGAGCACGGCAUCUCCUUCGAGGGGAUCCACCUGCCCCAGAUCCCGGGCAAGCUGCUGUUCUCGCUGGUGAAGCGCUACCUGUGCGUGACGUCGCUCAUGGACAAGCUGAACACGGCGGGCGUGGAGUCCAGCUCGGAGCGGCAGGAAGGCGGGCCCUCCUCCUCAGGCUCCUCCUCCUCGGCCAUGGGGGCGGGGCACCAGACGGAGCAGUCGCGGGUGCAGCGGGAGUUCGAGUUCACCAUGGCGAUGGCCAACCUCAUCUCCGAGCUGGUGCGCGUGAUGGGCUGGGACCGCAACCGGCAGCCCCCGCACGCCGCCUCCCUGCUGGCGCCCGGCAAGGACGAGGGCCCCCGCGCCGUGCGCUCCAUCUUCCAGCCGCGCUUCUCCGCCUCGCCCGCCGUCAUGGCCGCCGCGCCGGCCAAGAAGAAGACGGCCAGCACCUUCAAGACGCGCACCGACUUCGCCAGCCGCACCGCCUACGUGGAGUACGUGCAGGACAACCUGAAGAGCGGCAUGCUGGUCCGCAUGCUGGAGGACUACGAGGAGGUCAGCGCCGGCGACGAGGGGGACUUCCGGUACAGCAACGACGGGUCGCCGCCCGUGCAGGUGUACUGGAACUCGCUCUCGCGGACGUACUGGGUUCACUGGCACAUGAUUGAGAUCCUGGGUAGUGGCACCAGCGGUCAGGCUGAGAAGGAGACUCAGGAGAAGGCGACCUCCCUCACCGAAACACUCAAACUCACCGCUGUGAGCCAGACGUUCUUCUCCAAGCCGCCCGGGGGCCUGUACUCGCUGCCCUACCUGGCGGAGGGGCUGCAGGAGGACGGCGGGGCGCUGAGCCGGGCGGGCUGGUGGGAGGUGCUCUUCUUCAUCAAGAAGCUGGAGCCCAAGCAGCAGCAGGAGGUCAACGCCAUCCUGAGGCAGAGCCUGGACGACCAGAUGGAGGAUCUGGACGAGGUGACGCUGGUGGAGCUGUCGGUGCCGGGCGACGUGGCCCAGAAGGUGCUGCACUACCUGAAGCAGGCCCUGCCCGCGUCCUGCCUGCGCGACCUGCAGUGCUCCCACAUCUUCAGCAAGCACUACCUGCAGCGGGGCGGCCUGGAGGAGGAGCUGCUGCACACCUCCCUCAGCCCCAUGGAGCUGGUGGAGCAGGGCCCCUGCGCCUCCACCUCCUCCUCCCUGGCCGGCCUGGGCUGCGUCUCCAAGAAGCCCAAGAAGGAGGCGCCCUCCGACUCGGGCAACUGUAGCAGCUCGGACGCCGAGAGUGAACUGCCCAAGGAGGACGAGUCCAAGUACCCCGAGGACCUGGAGGAGAAGAUGAAAGUCUUCAACAACCCGAAGAUCCAGGGCAAGAAGAACUCCCUGGAGAAGAUGGGCGAGGUGGUGGACAUCAUGAAGAAGAGUGGCUCGGACCCAGGGCAGCAGCUCGCCGGCAUGAAGUUCAUCGCCAAGAUCCUGAUGGAGGAGGGCCCCCAGGAGAGGAGCUCCCUGAGAACGGACUCCGCACAGACCGUCCGGGAUAAGAUCCUGAAGAUGCUGGUGGAGAUGCUGAGCGGGCAGCCGAAGGAGGUGGUGGUCAGCGCCCUGCGCCUCAUCUGCAUCCUCAUGCUGCGCUACGAGUGGAGGGUGUCCUUCGCCACCGAGGGCGGCGUGAAGUCCAUCCUGUCCUUCAUGCAGGACCACCCCGGCUGCACCCAGGUGCAGAAGAUCGCGCUGGCGGCCCUGAAGGUGAUCACGGGGGCCAGCAAGCACGACAUCCGCAGCAUGGGCCGCUGCCUGCCCCUGUCCGAGUCGGGCACGCAGAUGAUGCUGGAGAUCUUCGCCAGCAUCGGCUCCGCCACGCCCGAGGGCUCCAAGGGCCUGUUGGGAGCCAUCCCCACCGCCAUCGAGCUCAUGCUCAACACCUCGGGAUGCACGGUGUCGGUGCGGGACGGCCUGCUGGUGGUCAUCAUGCUCAUCGCCAGCCAUAAGAGCCUGGCGGAGCAGCUGGUGGCCUGCGGCAUCAGCGCUGUGCUGAAGAAGUGCCUCACCGCCCCGCGGGCCGAGACCAUGCUGGCCAUCAUCGCCCUCAACCACAUCUCCAUGGUGCACAAGCUGGAGAAGAAGGAGUCGAAGGAGGAGCUGGACUUCAAGGACACGGGGCUGAAGAUGCUGGUGGUGAGCCUGAAGGAGAUGACGGCCACCAAGGAGGUGAUCCUGACGCUGGAGCAGCUCCUCUGCGACGACACCUCCCAGCUGGAGGAGGAGCGCAACCAGGUCACCCGCAACAAGGACACCUUCCAGGACCUGGUGCGGCUGCUGAUGGACCAGCACCGUGUGGACCGCACCUCCCAGCUCUCCAUCCUGAGGAUUCUGAAUAAGUUCCUUGAUAACUAUGAGGAGGAUCUGCUGCCCUGGCACGAGAGCAUCGAGCCCUGCCUGUCCUCCAUGACCGCCUUCAUCAACGACCGAGAGGUGGUGCAGCUCUUCAUCCGCUUCCUGUACCGGCUGGCCACGCUGAACAAGGACUACGCGGUGGUGAUGUGCCGGCUGGGCACCAAGGACGCGCUGAUCAAGGCGCUGGACAAGCACAGCACCAACCUGCUGCUGGUGACCGAGCUGCGCGACCUCAUCGGAGACUGCGAGAAGUACGCCAGCCUCUACAAGAAAAUGACCACCAGCAUACUGGCUGGAUGCAUUCAGAUGGUUCUGGGCCAGAUCGAGGAGCAUCGGCGCAGCCACCAGCCCAUCAACAUCCCCUUCUUCGACGUCUUUCUCCGCAACCUGUGCCAAGGUCUGGAAGCCUCCUCUUACUCGAGUGCAAAUGUCUGGAUAGGGUCCAGCGUGGAGCUGAAGGAGGACAAGUGCUGGGAGAAGGUGGAGGUCUCCUCCAACCACCACAGGGCCAACAAGCUCACCGACAAGAACCCCAAAACCUUCUGGGAGUCGAACGGCUGCACGGGCUCCCACUUUAUCAACAUCUACAUGCACAAGGGGGUGGUGAUUAGGCAGCUGGCGGUGCUGGUGGCCAGUGAGGACUCCAGCUACAUGCCAGCCCGCAUCGUCGUGCUGGGCGGAGACGACCCCACCAACAUCAACACCGAGCUGAACACGGUGAACGUACCGCCUUCAGCCAGUCGCAUUGUUCUCCUGGAGAACAUGACCCGCUUCUGGUCUAUAGUGCAGAUCAGGAUCAAGAGGUGUCAACAGGGCGGGAUCGACACCAGGGUCCACGGCUUCGAGGUUCUGGGGCCCAAGCCCACCUUCUGGCCCGUGUUCAAGGAGCAGCUGUGCUGCCGGACCUACCUCUUCUACACCACCAAGGCUCACACCUGGUGCCAAGAGAUCCUGGAGGACAAGGGGCAGCUGCUGCAGCUCUUCAACAAGCUGAACAGCGCUCUGCGGCACGAGCAGAUGUUCGCUGACCGCUUCCUGCCGGACGCCGAGGCGGCGGAGGCUCUGGGCCGGACCUGCUGGGAGGCGCUGAUCACCCCCAUCGUGCAGAGCGUCACGCUCUCGGACACGCCGGUGCUCAGCCCGCUCUCCUGGCUGCUGAGCGAGUACCUGGACAACGCCGAGAUGGCCAAGCGCUGCAAGAGCCGGGCGGCCAUCUUCAACUCGCGCGUGCGCCGGCUCACCCACCUGCUGGUGCACGUGGACACCAGCCGCGUGGACACCGAGGAGCUCAAACCCCCGGUCAAGUCCAAAGGUAUCAACCGAAGCAAAGAUUUAAAGAAUGGCAAAGAGGGAAAGAACAAAGACGCAGGGGCGUCCUCGUCCUCCUCCUCCAGCGUCCGGCCCAAAGUGAAGAACGCCAGCAGCAUCGCGGGGAUCGCGCAGUGCUGGCAGGGCGUGGUCCAGAGACAGGUGAAGAAGUUUCUGGACUCAGCCUGCAGCCAGCCGGACUUCGUGGAGCGGUACAGGAACAUGUACCUGCGUCUGAAGAACGCCAUGGAGGAGCUGUUCGGCCAGCAGACGGCCUUCGUCCUGGCCCUGCGGCAGGGCUUCUCUGCUGCCCUGCUGCAGCUGUCCAUCCUCACCGCCAUGCACGUGAGUGAGAGGUUCGCCCAGUACAUCGACCUGAUGAUCCAGGAGAGCGGUGUCGACUCUGGGAACGUGGAGACGCUCAACCAGCUGCAGCAGUUCCUGGAGCCAAUGCUCUUCCUCUCCGGUCUGGAGCUGGCCAACACCUUCGAGCACUUUUACAGGUAUUACCUUGGCGACCGGCUGCUGGGCCAGGGCAGGGUGUGGCUGGAGAGCGCCGUGAUCGAGCAGAUCGGCACCUGCUUCCCCAACCGCUUCCCGCAGCAGAUGCUGAAGAACCUGUGCGAGUCGGAGGAGCUGCAGCAGGAGUUCCACCUGUACCGGCUGCAGCAGCUGGACAAGACCCUGCAGGACGCCGACGAGGAGAUGGCUGAUGACCAGGCCCCAGGGCAGGAGGAGGAUGGGGAGGUGAAGGUGCUGGUGCUGUCUCCGCGCUGCUGGGCCGUCUCCUCGCCCUGUUUCCUGGAGCGGCCCGACCGGCACUUUCCCCGGCAGCUCUGCAGCUACCUGGCCGAGUUCACACACUUCUACGCCAACAGCCAGUCGAUGUACAGCCUGACGCACAGCAAGCCCCGGCGGCUGCAGUGGACCUGGCUGGGGCACGCGGAGCUUCGCUACGGUUCCUGCACCCUGUACGUCUCCACCCUGCAGAUGUACAUCCUGCUGCAGUUCAACAGCCAGGAGGCCGUGUCUGUGGAGACGCUGCAGCAGGCCACGGGCCUGUCCCCCACCGUGCUGAUCCACGCACUGAAACCCCUGGCUGCGGAGAAGGGCAUUCUGCUCCACACGUGCUCCAGUGAGGACCCAGUCAAGUGGGUCCUGAGCCUGAAUCACCAGGCCCUCGCCCAGGCCUCAGAGGACCACAGCUACUGCUACCUGCUGCCCAAGCAGACCUACCUGAACGUGGACGAGGACGCGGCCAGCACGCUGGAGAGGAAGAGGAACUACAUCUACUGCCUGAUCGUCCAGAUCAUGAAGGGCGAGGAGAUGAUGCACAUCGACAACCUGGUCUUCAGGGUGCUGGACACGUGUCAGAAGCGGGAGGCGACGAGGCCCCUGGGCUCGGUGCGGUUCGCCUGCAGCACCACGGACGUGCUGUCCUGCGUCAUGCACGUCAUCAACAAGGGCUACAUCCGCCGCAACGAGGACAGCCCGCACAUCGUGGAGUUCCUGCCCGAGGACCCCAGCACCCCGCAGAAGGGCCAGGCCCACAUCACCUUCAGCCGGGCCGAGCUGAAGAAGGGCUCCAGCCCCGGCGACGGAGGGAAGUCCCCCAUCAGCCUGGAGGGUCUCCUGGGGGACACCCAGCGGGCCGAGGACGGGGUGCUGGAGGCGGUGCUGUUCUCCAUGGGCCGCACCAUGACGCAGGAGGAGGUGCGGCAGCUGAUGAAACGCACGGUGCAGCAGGUCUCCUCCACCCUCAGCCUGGACCUGGACCGGGCCGAGCACCUGCUGGUGCACUGCAAGUGGAACGUGGACCUGCUGAUCCAGCGCUACACCGACGACCCCGACACCCUGGUGCUGGCGGCCGGCCUGAAGGGCCGAACGCCCGAGCCCCCGCCCAGCCCCGUCUCCCAGUGCCCCGUCUGCCUCAUCGCCCUCAGCGGGGACCCCGACGACACGCCCUCCCUCUGCUGCCUGCACUACUGCUGCCGGUCCUGCUGGCAGGAGUAUCUCACGGCCCGAAUCGAGCAGAACCUGGUGAUGAGCUGCAACUGUCCCAUCACUGACUGCCACGCCCAGCCCACCUCCCAGUUCUUCUUCAGCAUCCUCACCGACAAGGACAUCAUCGCCAAGUACGAGAACGCUCUGCUUCGGGGUUACGUGGAGUGCUGCUCCAACCUCACCUGGUGCACCAACCCCCAGGGCUGCGACCAGAUCCUGUGCAAGGAGAACAUCGGCAGCAUGGGCACCUGCUCCAAGUGCUGCUGGUCCUCCUGCUUCAGCUGCAACUUCCCAGAGGCACAUUACCCAGCCAGCUGCAGCCACAUGUCCCAGUGGAUGGAUGACGGAGGGUACUACGAGGGCAUGAGCAUGGAGGCCCAGAGCAAGCACCUGGCCAAGCUCAUCUCCAAGCGCUGCCCCAGCUGCCAGGCCCAGAUCGAGAAGAACGAGGGCUGUCUGCAUAUGACUUGUGCCAAAUGUAACCACGGAUUCUGCUGGCGGUGUCUGAAACCGUGGAAGCCCACACACAAGGACUAUUACAACUGCUCCGCGAUGGUGAGUAAAGCUGCCCGCCAGGAAAAGAAGUUCCAGGACUACAACGAGAGAUGCACUUUCCACAAUCAGGCCAAGGACUUUGCCAUCAAUCUGGAGAACAAGGUCUCCUCCAUCAACGAAGCACUGCAGAUGAAGUCCUUAACUUUUGUGAUCGACGCCUGCAAGAUUUUGGCCCAGGCUCGCAAGGUGCUGGCCUACUCGUGCGUGUACAGCUACUAUAACCAGGACACGGAGAAGAUGGACGUGAUGGAGCAGCAAACCGAGGCCCUGGAUCUCCACACCAACGCCCUGCAGAUCCUCCUGGAGGAGACCCUGCUCCAGUGCACUGAUCUGGCCUCCUGCGUGCGUCUGCUCAAACCUGAGCAUCUCAGCACCGGCCUGGAGCUGAUCCGCCGCAUCCAAGAGCGUCUUCUGGCCAUCCUGCAGCACUCUACACAGGAUUUUCGGGUGGGGUACCAGUCCAAGACCGGAACUGACCAGGACGCCGCUCAAGCGUCCAAUCUGGCGAACCACACGGACGCGAACAAAGAGGCGAAGUCGGAGGGGGGGUCCGACUCGGGCGACUCGGACAACGUCAACAACACGGCGGAGGAGGGCGGCGACGGCGAGGAGGAGGACGACGAAUACGAUGACGAGUACGUCCCGGAGUGGCACGAGGACUACGACGAGGACGACAUCGACGAGGACGACUUCUUCUCUGACGACGAUGAGUCCGAGAACCUGGAGAGGGACUUCAGCCCGUACGACUAAAGGAAACCUUACAAACACAUACAAAACAAAACAAAAAACAAGUCACGCCAAGCUCCUGUCAAGCAAUGCUACCACAUACAUAUACCAGAAUUGAGAGAAAAAAAGAAAAGAAAAAAAAGCCUCUGGAGUGUUUUUGUCUGAAAGGAACAGCUGGGUCAUGUUUUACACGGGAAUUAGACGGUGAAUGAGAUGCAAGCCUUUCUCAUCAGAAGAGUUUAGGAUAAGCAGGUCCCGUUCUCCCUGCGGACUCCAGUCACCAGUUACUGUCCACAUAACCUCAGCCAUCUGUCGGGCACUGUUCUUUUUACAUAAAUGUAUCUGCAAACAUUUGUUCUGUUAAUUCAUAUAGGUUAAGUUUAUACUAUGAAUUUUUUUUUAAUUACUUAUCUCGCCACUUCACUGCUGUCAAAUUCAGAGGGCAACAUUUCUGAAAAUACAUUGUUUUAAGAAAUGACAGCCGGGAUCGUAGCUCAUGCCUUGGUUCAGUGUAGCUGCAGACUCCUGCCCCUAAAGGAGAAAAUUGGGCGUGGAUUUACAGUUCCACAAAGAUAGAAAUAUUUCAAUUAUUAGUUUUUUUUAUUAAAUAUCACUUGACUUGCCAUUUUCAUGAUGCAGUAUGAAAUUAUUUUCUACUCAAAUGUAUGCCUUGGUUUAAUUUCAAAUACAUUGAUAUGCCUUUAUUUUUAGUGGGUCAAAAACACUCAAGUGGAAAGUUACCUAAUGGUUAGAUUAAAAAUAUAUAUAUUUUGAUUUGAGCAAUGGAUUCCUGAAGGAGCAUGCUUUUGACUGUUGAAAUGGGGGGGGAAAGUGAACGGCAAUUAAUGAAAGAAUGGUUAAGUGUAAAUAUUAAAGGGCUACUGGAACUUCAGUCCCAUUUAAAACCUGUCUGAAUUCUAAAAUGGAAAAUGUAUGAGGGGGGGGGGGGGGGUGAGCAAUGAAUGAAGAAUGUUCUUCAGGAUAUGGACGGCCCACCAAAGAAAUGGAAAAUGAGACAAACGCGUCAAAAACAAGUCAAUCCACUCUACAAGGGUCUCAUUGCAAUAAUUUUUAAUUUUAUUAUUUCAUCAUUUACAUUUUUUGCUAAGCAGCAUCAUAUGUUACUUGCUUUUUCCCAGUUUGUUUUUUUCCUGGAAAAAAAUGUAAUAGUUUUUGAACAUGUUAAUGUUCAUAUAUACAGAGAUGGAGAGAGAUCAGAUACAUUGGCAAUGUCAGAAUUUGCUGUAAGUUGAGAUCCUUAUAUAUUCAUAUAUUGUUCAUCUACUAUGUUCUAUCUUUCCAAAUUAAAGUUGGAGUUGAGCAACUUUCAACUUACUAAAUAAAAAGCUUUUUCUGCUAACA